UAAAGAUUGUUCACACAUACCUGAGCUAUUCACCUGAACAGUGACAAAGAUGGUUUCAAAGUUUGAGGCAUCUAUUUCCAAGGGAUCUGAUUUAGUCUUUGACUUUUCUUGUGAUAUUUGUGAUGAAAAUGAGAUAAACAAACAGGCCGACAUGUACUGUGAGAAAUGUUCAAAGUGUUUAUGUGGCAGCUGUAUGCAACACCACAAUCAACUCUAUAAAAAGCACGUGGUAUUUGGGAGAACAGAUCUGACCGAGUGGCCAGUUACCAAGGCAACAGAUGAUCCAAUAGAACUGUGUAGGGAUCACAAGGGCAGGAAAAUGGAAGUGUUUUGCGAGGAUCACUAUGAGUUGCUGUGCACAGUCUGUCAUGUUCACAAUCACAAAGCAAUGUCUCCACGUGAUGCUAAUAGCUGAUAAAGUGAAAGGCCUUCGCCAAAAAGAAGAUUUCCAACAACUUUUAGCAAAAUUCAACCUAUUACUAGGGCAGUUUGUUGAGAAGAAAACACAAGAAAAACGUCCAAUCUUAUUCUGGAAGAAAUCAAUGUUUCUCGUAAGAAUAUCAAUGAUUAUUUUGAUAAAAUGGAGAGAAAUACAGUCCAGGAGUUAGACACAGUGAAGACAUCUGUCCAACAUAAUGUCAAAACAUGCAACCAGUUUAUCGGAAACAUAAAAGCUGUACAAGAAGAGUUGAGGAAAAUUAAUGACAAACUUGAUGCUUCUCUUUUGUUAAUGUACAAACAAGGCCUUCACCAUAGAUUUAAAGCAAGGGCAGCUUUAAUUGAAAUGCCAACAAAUGUUGAAGUGGCAUUCACAUAUAUGCCAGAUACAGUCAUAGAAAAAAGGUUGUCUUGUCUCGCAAUGUUACAAAAUAUACACAGAGACAUACAGGAAUCGCAAAAUGAAAAAGACACACAUCAUGAAGAAAACCAAGUAUCAGAUCCAUCUAGGCAGACUACUACUGAAAUCGAGUUAAGUGAAAUAAACCAGCCAAGCUUGAUGUCAGAUUCAGAAUUAGGUUUGACAGGCGAAACAGAUAUCAGAAGAAAGUCGGCUUAUGAGAAUAUUCAAAUACCCGAUUUCGGAACCAGAUUGCAGCUUAAGUCUGACCCAGCACGCAUAACUCAUCAAAGUUAUGAAGUAAUCUGUCCCAUACAAAUCAAAACAGCAGAGUAAAAAGUUAUCAACAGUAUAUAGUGAAAUUGACUGAUGACUCCUUCCCCUGCAGUAUAACCAGCAUUUGUGAGAUAGCUUACGGAAUCCUUGUCAUCGCAGAAAUGGGUAAAACGAAAAUUGUUGGAUCGAAUUUACAAUGUGGUGUCCCAACUUGGCUUGAAUGGUUCCCCAAGGUCCAAGUUCAGCGUUGAAUCUAAUCUAGUGGCUGUUGCUCUGGAAAAUCAUGAAUGUUUAUUCAUCAAACUCACCAAUAGCAGCUUGGUACAAGACAGGACAUUUAGACUAUACCACCAGUGCAUGAGUGUUGCCCAUCACCAGGGUAAUCUGUAUAUAACAUGUAGCAUAUGUAGAUCUUGUGUCUACAAGAAUCACCGUAUCUUAUUUUGCGAGACAUGUAAACAUUGGGUCCACAAGAAGUGUACACAAGUGAAAACUGAUUUUUAUCAGAUGCAUAAGCAAUCGGCGACACGUCUUUCUUACACGUGCCCCCAUUGAGACUAUGUUCCCGAAGCUUCAGCACCAGCCUCCCCAUGUCGGCAACCACAUCCACAUGUCUCGAGCAGAGAGGUCGACCCAUCUACACCAAGGCCACAGAUUCCAUCAAAUUCAUCAGAUGAACAUUUUCAGUGUUUGAUAAAAAGGGACUUCAUUUUAUACAUUUUAACAUUAGAUCUCUUUUACCUAAAUUGUCUGAACUCAAAUUAAUUGCUGUCAAAACUAGAGGAGCUGUGAUAUUUUUUUCACAGACUUGUUUGGACAAUUCAGUUAAUGACGCUGAGAUAUACCUAGAUAAUUGCUCUGUCGUUAGACGGGAUAGAGAUAGACACGUUUAGAUAGAAUGUACACAAUUUUUUUUGAUCACUUUAUUUUCUCAGGACCUUUGAUAUGCAUAUGUUAUAUGGCUAACACUUGACAAUGUACUAUGAACAAGUCGUUAUAAAUUUA